AGCGGAUCAUCACUAUUGCUGAUUUUUUAUCCUUCCAGAUGUACAAUAUUUAUGUGUAUACAAAAUCUUCUUGGAAAAAGAGACAUGAAUGUCUGCAAUGAUUUUUCCUGACAAGAAGUUAAUAGAAGGAAAGGAGAUCACCAGUUAGCAGAAUUUUAGAUAUCCAAGAUUUUGUGUUUAUCACCUCCAGCUACAGACUUCUCUUACCUACCUUUAAGUCAGAGAUAACUACAAUCAAAACCCAGACAAGGCAAAAGAAUACUUUCCUUCUGUAUCUUUCCAGAUCAAAGAAACUACAAUGUCUAGGAAACAAAAUCAGAAGGAUUCAUCAGGAUUCAUUUUUGAUUUGCAGUCCAAUACAGUACUGGCCCAGGGAGGAGCUUUUGAGAACAUGAAAGAGAAGAUAAAUGCAGUGCGUGCAAUAGUUCCCAAUAAGAGCAACAAUGAAAUCAUCCUGGUUUUGCAGCACUUUGAUAAUUGUGUGGACAAAACAGUACAAGCAUUUAUGGAAGGUAGUGCCAGUGAAGUACUCAAAGAAUGGACAGUAACAGGCAAGAAAAAGAACAAAAAGAAGAAAAGCAAGCCAAAACCUGCAGUAGAAGCAAGUAACAGUAUCCCAGAUUCCAGUAAAUCAGUUUCCAUUCAAGAAGAGCAGUCCGCGCCUUCUUCAGAAAAAGGUGAUAUUAAUGGUUACCAUGUUAACGGUGCCAUCAAUGAUACUGAGUCUGUGGACUCACUCAGUGAAGGUAUGGAGACACUUUCAGUAGAUGCCAGAGAAUUGGAGGAUCCUGAGUCUACCAUGCCUGACAUGCUGGACAGAACAGGUUCCAUGCUGGAAAAUGGUAUCUCUGAUUUUGAGUCCAAGUCUUUGAUUAUGAACCCUACUCAGAAUUCUCAACAAAAUAGGAAUGCUGCCAAAUCUUUCUCAAGACCCCAGUUUUCAAAUCUGGGCAUGGAAGAUGUUCCACUUUCCUCCACCAACAAGAAGCUAGGUUCCAAUAUUGAAAAAUCUGUGAAAGACCUCCAGCGCUGUACAGUGUCUCUUGCACGAUAUCGAGUUGUAGUUAAAGAAGAGAUGGAUGCUUCCAUUAAGAAAAUGAAACAAGCUUUUGCUGAAUUGCAGAGCUGUUUAAUGGAUCGAGAAGUGACAUUGCUUGCUGAAAUGGACAAAGUGAAAGCUGAAGCAAUGGAAAUUUUGCUCAGCCGACAAAAGAAAGCUGAACUUCUGAAGAAGAUGACUGAAGUGGCCGUUCGAAUGUCAGAGGAGCAAUUGGUUGAGCUCAGAGCUGAUAUCAAGCACUUUGUUAGUGAACGUAAAUAUGACGAGGAUCUGGGACGAGUAGCCCGGUUCACCUGCGAUGUAGAGACUCUAAAGAAGAACAUUGAUUCAUUUGGACAAGUGUCCCAUCCAAAGAACAGCUAUUCAACCCGGUCCCGAUGUAGUUCAGUUACACCUGUGUCCUUGAGUAACCUGUGUGAUGCCUCUGUUGCUGCUGCUUCCACCUGUGCCUCUGCUUCCAGCCUUACAAGUACUACCAAGAAAAACUUGGCACCAGGAGAGCCUCCUGCAGGCAUAGCAAACUCCAGUGGCCGGUCCUGUCAACCUCACCGAGAGGUGUUGCCGGGGAACAGACGAGGAGGACAAGGCUACAGGCCACAAGGCCAAAAGUUCAAUGACCCCAUGAACCAAGGGCGACUUGACAGUGUGGGUCGUUACAGAAGUAGCUCAUGGUAUACAUCUGGUUCCAGGUAUCAGUGUGGGCCACCCCAAGCACCAGGCAACGCUAGUGAACGGGGCCAGGCUCACUCUGCAGGAACCAAUGGAACCGGAGCCAGCAUGGAACCCAGCCCACCCAAGCCCUCAUUCAAAAGGGGCUCCCCCAGCACAAACCCAGGACCUCUCAUCCUAAAGCUGUGAACUCUUGAGGGAAAUUCCAGUUGGCCUUUCUCCUCUAUCCCACACAAUUCAACUUAGUAACUGGACUUUAGGAAACUAAUAGUUAGAUUUAAUAACAAAAAGAAGUUUUCACAUAUCACUUUUUAUGCCGUU